GAGGAGCGUCCGCGGGCCCGGCUGCUGCAGUAGAUAAGGGCGGGCUGCCAGCUGGGGCCUGCGAGCUGAGCUGUACUGCUGCUGCUGUUGCUCCCGCGAGCGCCGUCGUAGGUAUCCCCUCAGGGUCCAGUCUCCAAAAUGUGGCGGUCCGUGGCAACUGUGUUUCUCCUGGUGGCCCUCACGAGUGGCCAUUACGUCCCCAAUUUCCCUCCCCUCUCUAACGACUUAGUGAACUACAUCAAUAAACUCAACACCACCUGGCAGGCCGGGCACAACUUCCACAACGUAGACUACAGUUAUGUGAAAAGGUUGUGUGGCACCUUCUUGCACGGCGUCAAACUGCCCGAAAGGAGUUUUGAAUUUGCCGGCGACCUGGUCUUACCCGAAAGCUUUGAUUCCCGCCAGCAGUGGCCUAAGUGUCCGACCAUCAAUGAAAUCAGAGACCAAGGUUCCUGCGGCUCCUGCUGGGCGUUUGGCGCGGUGGAAGCCAUUUCAGACCGGAACUGCAUCCACACCAACGGCAUGGUGAAUGUGGAGAUCUCUGCAGAAGACCUGCUCUCUUGCUGCGGCUUCGAGUGCGGAAUGGGGUGUGAUGGUGGCUAUCCCGGCGGAGCCUGGAGUUACUGGACCGAAAAGGGCCUGGUGUCUGGUGGUCUUUAUGAUUCCCAUGUGGGCUGCCGGCCAUAUUCAAUCCCACCCUGUGAGCACCACACCAAUGGAACCCGCCCCCCGUGCUCCGGCGAAGGUGGGGAGACCCCUAAGUGUGUGACGAAAUGUGAAGCGGGUUACUCUCCAUCGUACCAGGAUGACAAACACUACGGCGCUACCUCCUACCAUGUCAAAAGCACUGAGAAGGAGAUAAUGGCUGAAAUCUACAAGAACGGGCCAGUCGAGGGAGCUUUUACAGUUUACUCUGACUUCCUCAUGUACAAAUCAGGUGUCUAUCAGCACGUCUCUGGCGAAGCACUUGGCGGGCACGCGAUCCGAAUCCUUGGCUGGGGUGUCGAGAGCGGCACCCCCUACUGGCUGGUGGCCAAUUCUUGGAACACCGACUGGGGCGAUAACGGCUUCUUCAAAAUCCUCCGCGGCGAGGACCACUGCGGCAUCGAAUCGGAGGUCGUCGCUGGAAUCCCCAAACUGAGCGAGUACUGGAUGCGCCUGUAACCUCGUUGCUGUUCGCAAGGAUCCAGCCCCUUCUGCAAAUAAUCAAUACCUGUGGAGAUAGAAGCUGUGGUUGCAAACGUCCCGUGCGCCUAAGGCAUUUUAGACUUCAGCGUCUUCUUUUUUUAUUAUUAAAGCCUUUUAAAAAGUCUUUUUGGGGGUGGGUGGGAUUGUACAGGGCUGUCGUCUCCAGCGUGAAGCGCCAGACAAAAUGGCAGGCGAGGCCACUGAAACGGAAGCGACGGUACUAUAAAUUGGGCAGCUCUGGAGCAAAGAAAGAGCCUUGCCGUGAGCAGAAGGCCGUGAACCUUCCCAGCUUCGCCACCUAAGCGACGCUGCCCUGCGAUCAGUUUUGAUGGCCCCAAACCUCCGAAGGUGUCUCUCGAAGCAUAACUACCACAGAGCCGAGUUGUCAGGGGUGUCUUUAGGGUGCCCCGAGGAGCCAUAGCGUCGUGCCAAGAGCUAAAGCACCCUUCUGCCAUGCUUCCAAUGCAGUUGGGGGUUAGUCGUGUGAACGUAACUGUCUCACGUGUGUCAUUUCAAGGAACGGCAUCCGAAGGGGAUGCAGGAGUGGUGUGCCUAGAGAGGCAAGGGCAUCCCUGGUUCUUGCCUUUUUCUGGCUCUUUUGCCGUCUCCGCCUGUGCCUGACCGGGCAGCCAAGAAAAGGCCUUAUUUCAGAUUGAACCCCAAACUCUUAACAAUGCAGCGGGCGGAGAAGUCGUUCCGUGGCUGCUGGCCUCAACACUAAACCUCCAUUCUUACUUAGACUUGGCUUUUCUGGAUCGCAGGUCCCUCAAUCGGUUAGUGUUGGAGAUUUCUAUUCUAAUUUUACUUUGAAAAGGGUAAAGCAGAAAUGGAAGAUACCCGUUCUUUUAUUAUUAUUAUUUUUAAAAACCACGUCUUUAGUGUUCACUACUGCGUUUUAUUUUUCGCCAUACCCUGUUUGGAAUUCUGCACUAGCUGGACUUGCACGUGAACAGCUGACGGCUGCCGUGUUUUAAAUCUUUUUCUUUUCUUUUUUUACUAUUGCAAAUUAGCAACAGCGAAAGAAAAAAAGACUGAAGAUGCAGUUCGAACGGGUAGGGAAUGUGACAAAAUGAGUGGGGUAUGGAUCCAGCCGUUGGUCAUCCCUUGAGUUGAACCAUUGAAAUCAGUGGGAUUUAGUCAUGACCAACUUCAGUCCUAUUGAUUUCCGCAGGUCUGCUCUGACUAAAUCCAUCCAUACACUCAUUCUUUCAGUAUCUUCUGGCUUCAAAUAAAUAGUACUUGUUCAAUGCAAAAGGUCUUCUACGUUUGGCUGCAGGUAGAAAUCAUGAGUUUUUAUUGAUGUGACUUAGUGUCUUCCCCCCCCUCACUUGCUCCAAUAAUAAAGGCCUCUUAUCACUUGUCUACA